CCUGUGAGGCAGAAGUACAGUACAUUACAAGGAUCUUCCACGGUCUGAAACACAGCCAUAUUAUUAUUAUUAUUUUGUUUGUCCUAGACCUGCCGAAUAUCUGGACUUGAAAAAGCCGACUUACCCCUCUUGAGUAGGUCAGAUAGGAGAAGAAAUAUAUUAUAAUAUGCUUUGACCCUCGACUUUUGUUCGAAGACUUUCUUUCCCUUUGUUUCUUUCCUGUAUAGUAGUCUUUUUGCCAUAUACCCCCCUGUCCGAUUUGUCUUGCGAUUGUUUGUCUACGUACGGCUUACUACGUCUGGUCUUACUCAUUGAAUAUCUACCCCUGCUACAGGCGGAGUCCUCCGGGAAAUGGCGGUCAUUAACCAGAAAACCACGCCGCCGGCGCCUCCCGCCCAUCAUGCACCGGUUCAACAGCCGGUCAAUCCAGCUCUCUAUCCAACUGUUUACCAAGGGCUUCCAGCAGGACUCUACCACCCAUCGGCUUAUCCAGGGGCCUAUCCAUUCGCUCACUCGGCAGCGCGCCAAGCUUCCUAUCCCACACCUCACCCAGUAUCCCACGCGACAGCUCACCAGGCAUCUCAUCCAGCAGGCCAUCCAGUUAUCCACCCUGGAGGUCAUCCCGGAGGUCACCCUGGAGUCCAUCCUGGAGGUCACAAACUGGGACACCAAGGAGGCCAACAAGAAGGAUACCCCGGGGCCUCUCGUGCGAUCCAUACUACCACCCCGCGCUCUAUAGAUCCCGCCAAGGUCGCCGAAGCAAUGGCCCGCCAGCAUGCUACUACAGAGAGAGCAGCCUCAGGCAAUCGGCAGAAAGCGUCCGACCCUACCCCGGCAAAAGUAACAGACUCGCGCCCCUACUUUUAUAUUGGGUUUACCUUCUUCAAGAAAGAUGCGACCCCUGGCCACAAGCCCACCUGGAGCCAGGUGGAAAGGAGCCAAAUGCAUCUGACACAAGCGGAGUUGAUCGGCAUGGUCCAGAAGCGGGCGAAGAAGCACCCCGGCGUCCAACAGUACCAGUCCCUUUCAAAGGCAAAACGCACCCAUGUGGACCAACUCAUCAACGAGCUCAAGAAGGAGGAUUCUCACCUAGAGUGGACUUGUGCAUAUGUCAAGGAAGAAGAACGACAGAUGAAAGGUAAGAACAAUAAGCGCGGAGACUAUGAGACCGUUUCCAUGGACGUUGUGAUCAUGGGGAAGCCUAUUACCUCUUCGCGUCCCAAGGUAGCACAAGUGGAGUUCGAGUUACCUAGCAAACCUAAGGAGAGGGUUGAGCCGAAGGCCGAAAAUCCCGUGGUCAUCGAUGAGCCUCGGUCAUUGGACGUGGAAAUUGAAAAUGUCCCUCAGUGGACAAGGCCUAAUAUGGGUCAUGCACAACAACCCCAAAUGGUGCAGGUGCACAAUGUCCCACGGCAGCUUAACCCCGAGCUCACUCAGCAAGCUCCGCCACCGCCGCCACCCCCUCCUCAGCCUCAGGCACAGCAGGCAGGGGGAAGACCAUUGGUUAACCAUGGACAUCUGCCACAAGGAGUUCCGGCUCAUUUCUCUUUCGGGAUACACCCACAGGCAGCCAUGCCCCACGUCGCGCGGGCCGCUCCAGAGAAGGGUCCCGCAAUUGAUGCCCUAAAAGAACAUGCCAGAGGCGCGGCGAACGCUGGCGCACAACCACACAUGCCUCACGUCGCGAGAGCUGCUCCGGAGAAAGGCCCCACUGUUGAGGUCCUGAAGGAGCAUGUUAGAGGGGUCCCUGCGGGUGCGCACCAGCGUCCACAGGUAACCAUGCCCCACACCGCGAGGGCGGCUCCGGAGAAUGGCCCAGCGAUUGAGGUUCUAAAGGAGCAUGUCAGAGGCGCUCCAAGCGCUAAUGCGCAACACCUAGGUAUCAAUAACCUGUACAGCCCAGCUGGGGGGCCGGUAACCAAUAACAACCCCCGGAAAGAGCCCUCCCAUCCCUAUGAAUCUCGUUCCUUUGAGAAUGUCGCCCAAGGAGGUAGUGUCAAACCACCCAACAUGGCGGACUCAGAGUUAGAAUUGGCCCCCGAUUCCAGCAGUAUCGGGGAUGAGGAUUCCGAGAUCUUCGACUUUGAAGAAGUUAGCUCAGUGACCGAUGACUCUGAGCAUGAGGGAGAGACACGCAAAGAAACACAGCCCUGGCGUGGAAGUCUCUUUCGCCGGCAUUCCUCUACUUCAAGGCGCCCUGGGCCAUCUCGAUACCGCUCCCACUACCGGAAACAACCAUCAGGUGCAUCUGACAACAGACAGGGUCGCACCAAGUACCCAAGUGAUUAUGUCGAUGUGAUACCUGCCGACAGCAGGGAUUCCGACAAGCAACUAUGGAGGGUCCAUAGCCGAGAAGUUGCUCGGCAGACCCGAGAUCGCCCGAAGAUUAUCCACGCCCCUGUUAGUUCCGAGGAUUUGGAUGCACCCGAGCUCGACGAAAGAUAUCGUGGGUCACGAGCUCGCAACGAUAUCCGGACCCGAAUUCUCGAUGAUCGGGAAGCACGACUCGAGCGCCGAGAGAAGCAGUUAGACUAUCGGACGCGGAUGCUGGAUGUAUUUGAUGAGAGGUUGGACGAUGCCUUGCGCCGACGCAUGUCCCUGAGAGACGCUGGUCCAUAUUACUCUCGACAGUAUUAUGAAAAUUAUUGAUUUGCGUUUUCUUUUCCUUUCAUUGUUUUUCGUUGCAUGAUUCCCCUUUUGUUUCACUGUUCCUGUUAUCCUCGGGCCGCUUUUUUUCUGUUAGUUUCUGUUAUUCUUUUCGGGUGUGAGUGGGGGAUAGACACUAAUAACGUCAUUCACCGGGGGACCGUUUUGUAUACCAGCGUUUGUCGAGAUGUAUUGCGUUUAGUGUAUACGUUCCAUGUGUGUAUUUUCUCAAAAGAAGUUCGAAUGAGUCAUGAAUAUGAGAUAUGAUCUGCACCU